AACUUUAAACUUUAAUACAUGCUCGGAUAGGCCAGUAUCGGUCAGUAUCGGUAUCGGAUCGGAAGUGCAAAAACAAUAUCGGUAUCGGAUCAGAAGUGCAAAAACCUGGAUCGGGACAUCCCUAGUUCUACCUGGCCGAAAGUACUUUUGCAAGACAGCUAUUCCUAAGCUUUACACAAUGUGCAGGGAAUCCGUGGAAAAGGAGAUACUGUUAGCAAAGCACUUUGCGACAACCUCCGACAUGUGGUCAAGCCGUUCAUGCGAGCCAUACCUAAGCUUGACAAUUCAUUUCAUCGACAAUGACUGGGUUCUGAAAACACGAUGCCUGGAAACUGCGUAUUUCCCCGAAGACCACACCGGGGAGAUAAUAGCAGAAGGCUUGAAGGAGGCACUGUUGUCCUGGAGUCUGGCUGAGGAAAAAUGGUGUGCAUCACCACAGACAGCGGGGCAAAUAUAGUGAAGCCAGCUUCAUUAAACAAGUGGACAGGGCUGCAGUGCUUUGGCCAUCGUUUGCACUCAGCAAUUGGUGCGGCAGGGAAAGAUAAAAGAGUGGAAAAGGCUGUUGGAGUGUGUAAGAAGGUGGUCUCUGCCUUCUCCUACUCCUGGAAGAAAAAGAGGGAGCUUUUUAAAGCUCAGGAACGUCUCCUUCUCCCAAAACACCAGCUGGUCACAGAGUCACCAACCAGGUGGGGAUCAAGACAGAAGAUGGUGGCAAGGGUCCUCGAACAACAAAAGGCAAUCGCUGAAGUUUUGUUUGCAGACAAAAACAACAGGCACCUGAUCCCUACAUGGCAGGACAUUGGUGUUCUGGAGUCACUGCAUGAGGCCUUAACUCCUCUUCUGGAGUUCACAGACUCCCUCUCAGGGGAGUCAUACGUGACAGUCUCCUAUGUCAAGCUAGUGCUCCACCUGUUCCGUACAGAUUUGCUGAAUGAAAAAGACCAGGACACUCAACUCACAAAAGACCUGAAGACGACGAUAAUGACCUAUCUUGAUGAAAAAUAUGCCGACUCUGCAACAGAUGAUCUCCUCAACAUGGCUGCCUUUGUGGAUCCCAGAUUCAAAGCACAGUACAUCAGCCCGGAAAAGGAAGAGGCCAUUAAAGAAAGAGCAGUGUCUGAAAUGUUGGAUGAAAACACAGGCCAAUCAGAGGCAGAGGUUUCAGAGGGAACAGCAGGCCAGGGUGCAGAAGGAGAAGCUGCCACACCUCUCCCACUGGGUGUGAAGAAACAACCAUCAUUAGGUAGUUUCUUCAAAAAACAAAGUCAAGACGAUGAAGAAGAUGCCUCACCUCUCACUGAAAGGCAAAAAGUGGAAAAUGAGCUGAAAAGCUACCUAAAAUGCCUGGAUACCGACAGUGAGUCUGACCCCCUUGAGUGGUGGAAGGUAUAUGAGCGCAAGUUUCCCAGAAUGUCGCAGCUUGCCAAAGGAUACUUGUGCAUUCCAGCCACCAGCACCCCCUCUGAAAUAAUUUUUAGUACUGGGGGUAAUAUUGUGACAUGUACCAGGGCAGCCUUAAAACCUGGGAUGGUCAAUCAGCUUGUCUUCCUUGCACAAAAUCUGCAGUGAGGCAAUUGUUGAGUAACUUGCAGUGAAGCAGUGUUUGAGUUGUUGCAGCCAGUGAAGCAAUGGUUGAGUAGUUGUUUGAGUUAUUUUUUUUAUAUGCUGAAGUUGGUUUGAUUUUUCCAUAAAUGACUGAAGAGGGUAACAGGUUUGUUUUGUCACAGAUGUUCAGACGCAAGUUUAUUCCGAUGUUUACAAUAUUCUGUAAGACAUGUUUGUUUCUGCUUGCUUAAUGUGACUGUUAUUUAUUUGCAUAUAUUGUUACCAAUAUGGCUUUAAAGCCUGAGUUGUACACUACUAAUUUCUUAAUUACAAUACUUUGCACAUUUUGUUGGAUUAAGCAUUUAUUUAAUGUCAAUAUUUCCACAUCG